AUGUCUCUCCUCACGGCUUUUAUUCUCUUAUCAGUAGCAGCUUACAUCAUACGGUCGCUUUCAAAAUGGCUGCAUCGCCAACCAACCCUACCAUUCCACACCUCCGAGUCCUCUUCCACAACGCUCACCUUCCAACCAAGAAAUCUCCAUCUCCGCGUACAAACAUCCCUUCUCAACCCCUUCCACGAUUACCUCUCAGCUCUCUUUUCUACGAAACAACAUUCACGCCUCGCUAGCGUCCUCGAUGGCUUCUAUACUCUUGGAUCUAUUCUAGGCGUACUGGGAAUGGUAGCUGCACUCGGAUUACUGCUCUGGAAUACGGCUUUAUUGGCUGGUGCUACAUUCAGUCAUUUCCAUCGUUACUAUUACGAUAACACGCGACCUAGUGGUAUAGUUAAAAGACAUGCGGAUGGCGGUACAGAUGUCGCAGAUGGCUCCUACGACAGUGCCUUUGCCCUUCGACCAAUUAUCCCAGGUCUAACCGCCCCUUUCUCCGAAUUGCCAUUCAUCUUUUUGUCCCUACUAAUAGGCCAAUUCGUGCACGAAGCAGGCCAUUUCGUCUCAUCCGCGCUCCACUCCAUCCCCCUUCUCUCUGCCGGUUUCUCUCUAGUCCUCGUUCUCCCUUCAGCCCACCUAUCCCUUGCUUCCACACCCCUUUCCUCUCUCCACCCGAAGCAAAAACUGCAUAUCAUCUCCGCAGGAUGCUUUCACAAUCUCCUCGCGUAUCUUCUCCUCCUCUCCCUAUCUCGAGCCGGGCUCAGCACACUCUGGUCCUACGUAGGCUACGAGGAUGUAUCAGCCUGGGGCAGGGUCAUUGUCCAUGUUGACGAGGACUCACCUCUCCGCGCCCACCUACCCAUUGGAUCAGUUAUCACUUACUUAGAUGACGUUCCACUGAACGCGACAGAUUCCAGCGGUACCGACCCAUGGGACACGUAUCUUCUUCGCUCGUUAGGAUCUUCCUACCCCAACUCGCCUGCUCAACUGGGAUGGUGCGUAGACGCAGCAUGGUAUCAAGCGCAGAAUACCUCGAGCUCGCUCUCCUGUUUCACAUCGGUUGAUUUUCUAAAUGAACACUGCAUCGACCCCGUCCCUCUCCUUACUCACCCUUUCUCCACACCUAAAUCACCCACGCAUCAGUUCCAUUCAAAUACCCAGCGCCGAUGCACCGCCAACUCGGCCUGCUUCAGCACUGAAACAUGCAUCCAACCCCACCUGCUUUCCCACUUACUUCGGAUCACCGUGCAGUCAUCCUACCGCCACGACGAGGGCGAACGUUCCCCGUCUGCAUCUGCGCUGCCUGCAUUCCCAAGUGACAUGUCAUCCAACGGCGCUCUGGGUGGUUUGGACGAUGAUGGGAAGUUUUCAUUACCAAGUUCGAUACCCUCGACUGAUGAGCACGUCAUCCUCUGGAGUGGACCAAGGGCUGAGGUGUACGACCAAGUCGAAGUCAGUAACCUCCUUCCAUCCUACCCGUUCCUACCUUCCUACCUUCCAAACGUUAUCGCCACCUUUUCCUCGUACCUCCAACUGACCAUGCUCUCGCUCUACCUCCUCAACCUUCUCCCCCUACCCUUCCUCGAUGGAUCGCAGCUCCUCUCAGUGCUCCUCCACCUCAUUUCUACAUCUUCCCAAACAUCCCCCGCCGAUAUCGAUCUGGAGGCGCUAGAUUCGCGUGCUGAUGAUCGACGGCGAAACCUCCAAAGUCAAAGAUGGGGAAUGGCAGAUUCUGGGCCGUCCGUGAGGGUGCGAGAUAUGGGAACGGCGGCGGCGGGUACGACGACAAUGGUUUUGAUGGGUGCUUGUGGGGCUCUUGGGCUGCUUAAUUGGUUACUUGCAGGAUAG